AUGACCAGCUGCUGGCUUGCCAUAUUCGGAUUGUGGUGGAGCGCUUAUUACUGCAUGUUCCAAGUCGCGGGGAGUAAUUAUUCACUGGAUGGAAACAACGAAGUGCACCCGGGUUUCAUCCACCGGCGGCUGCGGACGCACGAGAAGAGGGAGAUGCAGAAGGAGAUCCUGUCCAUCCUCGGGCUGCCACACAGACCGAGACCGCAUCUGUCACAUGGAAAGUACAAUUCCGCUCCACUUUUUAUGUUGGACCUAUACAACACCAUUUCGACAGAGGAGAAAAGCCAAGUGGAGGGCAUACUGGACCGAUAUCAGUCCAUGCGUACGACCCAGAGUCCCCCUUUAGCCACGUUUCAAGAGACUGCCUUUCUUAAUGAUGCGGAUAUGGUGAUGAGUUUCGUAAAUCUGGGUAAGUUACAGAUCAUUUCGAUUGAUUUAGUCGCUGCUGUGAGUUGUUUUUGUCUUGGUUUUAGCUGUUUGGGCGUCAUAGAAAGUCUGUGCCAGAUUGGAAUGAGGGUUAACAGGUGUUUGGCACAUGCAAAACUGAGGUGAGGGGUCUCACAAAGGACACAUAUGAAAUUGGUAUGAUUUAUAUCGUGAAUAUGAAUAAGGUCCUUGUUAAUCUGUUACUGUUUGUUCAUUUCACAUUGCAUCUGGCCUUGUUAAACACCUGUUGAUCAUAUUUUUUUUGUAAUUAACCACCAGAUCAGUGAAUAAUGGACACUCGACUUGGCUUUGCGCAUGUUUUACGCAUGAAAUGUGUGAGUCUCUCAGGGCAAGUUAGGCUACUUUCCAAGGCUUAUAAACUCUCGAGGCUCUUAUUGUUUCGCAGUAAUUUAUUGUUACAUCUUCUCACAAGCGUAAAUUGGCCCUACUCGGCUCAUUUAUAGGACGGAGAUUCUGUGGUCAGUCUUGUCGUGCAUUCUGCUCCAUGAUUUAUGCCUCCGCGGAAAAAAAACAGACCUUAGUAUCCCAAGCAAGCCAUCAACCACCACCACUGGUAUUUGUAUAUAAAAGGCUAUUCCUGCCAUUGACCUCCAGCGCAGCGAGUUGCGGUUUCUGUGCGUAAAUUGCGUCGCAUUGUUUGUGUUACCCAAGAAGAUUUGUCUGUAAUUAGCUGCAGUGACGAUAAAGAGGAGGGGGACUUUAAUCAUAAUGAGUUUCAGACAUAAAAGCACAAAAGCCUUCCCUCCAUUAGCAGCCUCUGUGUUUACUGAGAGACUCCAAACAGAGCGCCUGAAGAUAAACAGAGAUGCUGCCAGAGUCAAACGCUAGUGGACAGGGAGGCUCAAAUCCAGAUUGAUUGCUAUUCUCUUCUGGGAAAUCUUGAUCAGUCCACGAUAACAGGGACAAUGAAGCCCCUCUUUUUUCUCCUUGAGCUUCAGAAAUAGUUAAAUAACCACUCUACCACACACAAAGAGGAGAAUCGGGUCUAGAGAGUAAAAAAAGCAAAUGUUUCUCUACUUAUUGGUCCUCUGAGGAUGGUGUUGCAACAUAUAGUGAUGAAAACCAGAUAUUCAGACAGAAGGAGGCUGUCUUUUUAGUCUCAAAUAUUGAAGCUGCUCAGUUGGCUCCUGUGUAGGUGUGUGGUGGUGGCUGCUUGGUGUUUGUAUGUCUGUGGUUUGGGUCAGUACGGGUCUAUUCUCCACUGUUGGUGCACAUCUGGCUCUCUACUUUGAUUAAUCAUGUCCUGUGCAUCUUUUCACGAUUCCCUCAGAUUUCUGCGGUGGCCGGGGGAUUAGGUUGCCAUCUCCUCCAGCCGUACACAGAGUCCUAACCGCCCUGGAGGAGGGACGGCUUCCUCUUUGGAUGUGAUUGUAAUUAAUGUUGGACAGGCCAAGGCUUUCCAUCUGCUUUGCGAAUAAGACCUUGCACGACUACCGUGUGUCAUCACCAUCCGAUUAGAUUUUAAUGUGUCUCUCGCUCGAUUGGAGCGGUUUGUGUUGAGCGACUUUCGAAGUCUGUUGUAGAAAGAGGUCUGAAUAACUCUUCUGGGUGGUCUUUUUUCUUGUUUCGAAUCCGGCCUUAAAAAUCUGGCUAUCAUGUGUGGCCAAAGCGAAACUACAAAUUGAGAUCAAGAUAAAUGAAAGGAAGAGAAACAGAGAGCCAAACAGUCUGUCUGAACUCAUUUGAAUAACACGGCGCAGAAUUAACAGACAGAGCAUGAAGCAGAUGUGUGGAUUGAAAGGCACCUUCUUGUAUAAUGUGUUCAUGGAGCAACAAGAGUUCAGUGGCCGUGUUUACACUGAUGGUGUGACUCAAAAACAGGCGUACAGCGACUUUUCCUGCUAUCUCAGACUUUUAUGAAUGAAACAAUCACAGGGAUUCCAACGAAUGUCCUUCACAGCCAGCUGCAGCGGGGGUACAGAUAGAGAGCUCAUUCUGAAGGUAUCCUCAUGGGGCUGGGAUAGAUUUAAGAGCCCCUGUGUUACAUCCACUCUCAAGUGCACUCUCUGCGAACCAUAUGCCCCCACCACCCCCCUUGGUGAUUCAUGUAGACCUCUUGUUCAGUCAUCCAUUCUCUUUAGCUUUCAUCACUUGUUCAGAAUGACCCAUUGAAAAAAAAAAAGAAGUGGAAAACUCCAAAAUGAGUGACCAGGAGCAUAUUUUCCAACCUCUUUUUCAUCUUCAUUCCUAGAAUAGCACGUUCAUCACUGUUUGCCUUGCGGACGUCCCGCUUUUCCACUGAGGUCUUGUGAAGUGACACUGUGUGCCGAAUGACUCAUGCUGUGUGACACUCUGCAGCUCUGAACACGUCCUUGUGGAGGUUUACACACUUGUAAUAGAGCUUCAGAGCUGGUCGGUGAGUCAGGGAUGCGUUUAAUUUCUUUAGUUUCAUGGGUCUCGGAGCAGGGAAGUACAAAUGUUGUCUCAGUGUCGUCUGCGUUUAACUUUGACGAGUUUGCUUUUGCUGUUGCGCCGUCAUGUCAGUGAGACCGACAGGUGAGGAGGUCUGUUCAAGCUUUAGAGAAACAGGUGAGCUUGAUUGCCCUCCUGGUCAUCAAAUUUCAAAGUUCAGAUUGCUCGGUAAAACCAAGAUGACAUGCAGAGAAAUAUCAGGGUUCCUACACAGUUGGAAUUUCCACACUUUUCCAUAUGUUUUAGAAUUAUUUUUGUAAAUACCUACUUUUCUAUUUUAGAAAACAGUAUUUUAGAACUGUGGUAAUAGUCCGGAAAUAUAUAUUUUUUUCCAUACUUUUUAAAACCUGGAAAUUGUGUGCUUCGUGUACACACGUGUGCUUCCAUACUUUCCAUAGGAACCCUGAAUUAUGUGCACGCAUAUGUGCUUGCCGUCUACUCCCUUGCUUGGUGAAGCCACCCUGAGAACAGCACCCUCUGGUGACGGGUUGCAUUAUAGGUCAUAAAUCCCGCCUCCUCCAGCAAUCCCUAUGGAGCUGUGGACAAACUUUAGAAAUUUAUUACACAGAACAUAAAUUUUUCUCCCCCCUGGUUGUGAUGUUGACAUGUAGUUACUGUAAACUGGUUUGUGCUCAAGUCCUCUUUUUUCUGUACAGCUCCAUUUUUAAAAGUUAUUAGGGGGUUCAUGUUUUCUAUGAUUGACACCUGAUACAGCCCAUGGGCUUACGAAGAUUGCGUAGCUCUUCCGGGGGAUGCACUGUUUGAGCCGAGCGUCAUCACAGCGACUCUCGGCGACUCUCCCGCAGAAUGCGUACAAUCCUACUGCCAAUCAGGAUCAGAAUUGGUCAGUGAAAGCAUCAUCAUCAUCUGAGUUCACGCCUCUGACUGAGAACGUAUCAGGAUGCAUUGUGCACUAGCAGGUGCAGCCAUGACCUCUGUUCACUGUUUAUCUCCAGCUGCAGACUCUUUGAGUCUGAAAACCAAGUCAGUCAGAUAUCCAACUCGGAUCGCAUCAUGACUGCCGUCUUCUCCCCUCUUUGCUUUCCCCUCUCCACCCCUGCACACCUCAUUACAUGGCUAUAGUUUAGCUGUCACCAGACCUCUCCUCUAAGUCAACAGCCCAGCCUACCUCCCACACAUUAAAGGAAAAUAAGCCAGAAGUUUUAAGAAGUGGGUUUUCAGGAGAUUAACUGGGUCCAGACAACCCUGGGCUUAUUCUGAAACGUAGUGCGCUUAUUAAACGGCUGUUUUCCUUGUCUUAUGAUGCCUGGCUGCAUUUCUCAGCGCCUAAGCCCAGGUAAGCCACUUCCUUUGCAGCGAAACGUGUCCCAAAGCCCCAGCAUGAUCAAAUAAUUAGUUGGCUUCUAUCAAAGAGUCAAUUGUUUGAUGCAGAAGGCAGCUUUGGAAAAUUUUCACUAAACCGUCAUGAAACACUUCCUGCAAAUCCUCAGGGACGGAGAACAAAAUGGAGACCACCCGUCACUCCUCCUUAGCUUUGAGCUAACCCUAAACAUUAUUACCGAGAAGUGGAGCGAAGAAUUCAAGAUAUGCUGCAGGCGAAUAAAGGAUAUUAACUCAGACAUAAACUUGGCAGUGGAAGCUUUCUUACGAUGGUGAGAAAAAUUACAUCGACAAACUACAAACCUCCGUGUUUGUUUUCAUCUGUUUACAGUAUCAGAUAUUUCACUGCUGCUACAAGUUCACUGGGACUUGGCCUGAUGUUCAAGUCGAUAUACAAAUAAUUCCACUUAAUAUUGAGUUACAGUGUUUUAGAGUGCUUCCUUUUUCUCAUGUUUGGAUUGUAUUGGUUGUCGAACUCUUUGGCAAAAUAGACAACUGCCUGAAGAAACAAACAGAUUUGAUGAGGGAAACAUGUCCGCCUGUCCAGAUUAUGUCUUUUCCAGCCCGGCUUUGUCCAUCUUAUUAGACAAGGUGUUACAGGACACCGCUAUUGUCUGUCAGAGUUUUUUGUUACGGAUCUCAGAGAGUGCAGAGAGUUUUUGACCACAGGUGGAGGGAUUGAUGCAUAAAUGGAGAUGUACACACAGUCAGUCGACCUGCAGGUCAGUCGAUGGCCAUUUAUAAGAGAAAAUUCCAUUUACACUUGAUGUCAUCUCUGUCACACACUCUCCUCCAACACCCCACUAACGCAGACGCAUACACAUCCCUGCGCCCACCCACUCUGAUCCUAUCUCUCCCUCUCACGCCAUAACUCAAAGACUUGACGAGAUGGCAGCUGAGAUCGGGGCUAAGUACAGAGAUAACACAUCUGCCUUGUUUUUGCUCUCCGUCUUCAUUUCCUCCCCCCCCCGCCCCUCUCGUCCAGUCCUCUGUCUUCGUCCGACAUUCCACCUCAGAGUGAUGUGCGGUGGAACGGAGGAGUGUGACCAGAUAAGGAGGUGAAGUGAGGCACACUCGCGGCUGGUAACGAGCUAUAGAACGGAGCUGAUAACGCUGGCGGAACAACUGAUUAGGGCCUGCUGCUCCCAUUUAUCACCUCUGGGUGCAGGCAUGAAGGAAUUUGCUGUUUUUUUCUGCUGUGUCUCAAAAAAGAUGGGCAGACUCUCACAGACCUAUCACACAAUAGUGUUUUCUCUCUUCUUGCACGUCUCCUUUCCUCCUUGUCUUAUAUUUUCAUUUAUUUUUCUACUUCAUCUUGCUCCGAUCGUGCUCCAAUAAUCAGUUUUUUAAUUGCAGCGUGGUCAGAAAGCCUAAAGUUGCAGUCUUGCGUGUAUAGCAAGACAGAGACAAUGUGUGUGUUUGUUAUCUGCAUUGCUCUCUCCGGCUAGAAGCCUCGUAAAGCUGUCAGCCUUUGUCUUUUGUUUAACCAACCAUAGGGAGGCCAUACAGAGGAGAUCAUUAACCUGGAAUUAGCAUCUGCUUUUGCAAGGCUGUGUGUAUAUUUCGAGUUUGUGUUCGUGCUAUGAUGCAAACGAAUGUGUUUUCUUAGUUUUGUGCAUGCAUAUCUCUUGACAAAUAAAAACCAAGCUGCAAAAUUCAUCCUGAAAGGUUGAAGCACCUGCCAGCUGCGGUUUAAGUACGUGAUAAUGUUUGAGAAAAACACGAUUUAAUGGUUUGAAAAUGAUUUAAAUCCUCACUAUAUCUUUGAAAAUAUUGGAGAAAUCUCUGCACAAAAAGACAUAACUGUUUACUGGCCAUGUUUUGGAGCCUUCAAGCGACAUCACAAGACAUGACUCUGCAGUAGAAAUCACCACAUGGGCUCAAAAUUGCAUCUAAAACUGCUGUUUUUUUACUGCAGCUAAAAAUGCAAAGAGGAAAUCGUAUUUAGACAUGGUUCAGAAAUGCCGGAGACUUUCCUGAACUGUAUUUAAAGAUUGUUUUUUUUAAGACAUGGUUGCCACUUGCAGCAGAAACACUUGAACACGCUGCACUGCUCUCAAGCUCUCAAGGUUGGACGCACUUAGAAAUAACUGCAGUCUAAAAUUGCUCUUUACAGCUUAACUUGUUAGUGCAGGCAGGGGAAACAUUCGACAGUGAAAACACGGCUCAGGAAAAUACUCUAAACUGAGCUAUGGAGUUUCACCAUCACUGAAUAACCGGAUGAUCAACUCAUAUAAUGUUAGGACUUUUAGGACUCUUUAUGCAUAAAUGAAAAAAUCUACCAGCACUUAACAAGAAAACUUUGAUUUCUCAGGAACAAUUUAUUUGUGGUCCGUACUCUUACCAGUAUGAUGACACAUGUGAUAUCUCAUUAAAUAUUUCAAGUCACAGGCGCUUCACGUCUAACAAUGGUUGGUAUGUCUUUGGAAUUUCUGGUCCACCCAGGUCUCAAAAGAGGUUGUGAACCUGUGAACCGCUGAACUCCAAAUCGUGUCCCUGUGUGCCCAGUAAACUCCAUUCAUUAUCAUAAUGAUCCGUCGUUUUCUCCGUUGAAGAGCCUCGUUCCAUUAGAGAGUCGGCCGCUGCCAACAGGAAUGGGGUAAAUGUCAUGGUAAACAUUCCUUCUGUGUCACAUUCUUCUGUGAAGCCACCAGGAAACCUGCAGAGAUUCAUUGCUGGUCAAUAAAAAACAAUAAAGAGAAAAAAGAAAAGAGGGGGCACACAUGGAGGAGUCUUAAAGGGUGAUUUAAAACCUCUGGUGACCUUGGAGAGGCGAAUGAGGAAAGUAUGAGCGUGUUUGGUAUGGGAACACAUUUCUGUACUUAUACCAGCAUAACUUUGGGAUAGUUGUAGUAACUUUGUCUAAAUCUGUUUUUUGAAUGUUUCUGUCGAGGCUGAGGUCACAGGGCGAUUUUUAGCUUCUGAAUUUUUCGUCAUUGGGAUUUGUGGUUCCUUCUGAAGAAUUCCUGCAGACUCUGUUGAUAAUCUGACCUUUUCUUUUUUUUUGCUUGUCCUGAACAUAAAAUCUAUUAUUAUUUAUACGCCACCAAUUCAGUACAAGCGUCAUACUAAGACGCUGAUCAAAAAGCUGGUCCAGACAAUACUCUAUUUACAAGAUGGGAUAAAAUUGAGCCCUGUCUUCUAAGAUCAGACCCAUCCCAUCCCAUUCUCAUCGUCACGAGUGUUACACUUGUGACUAAAUUCCACAGGAUAAGGAACGGCUUCGCUCCACACUGGAAUGGCAGCCUGAUCAAAUACGCAAGCAUUAUAAUCAAUGUGCGUAAUUCCACACAAUCCAUCCGCUGUCCGGCUCUGCUGCGCAGUCGUAUCAGAUAUGCAAGGCUUCUUAUUUUGCUGGAUGCUGCAGCACAACACAUCAAUUCAGUGCAGAGCAGCACAAGCGGCAGCAGAAGUUGUAUGUGGCUACAGAGUAAAACAUUCGUGUAAUUUUCAAAACAAAAUAAAGUCAAUAUGUUAAACUGUUCUUCACAUGUUAAUGGGAGGGGCCAAGGUUGUGGGAUAUGGGUGUUUCAGUUGCAUGAGAAAUAUCGGAAAUAGCGCAAGUGCUUUUCCUCCGCUUGCGGCAGCGGAUUGGAUCCGGCGGGCGCUGUAUCCUUGAGUUUUUGUUCUGCCUGCCGUUCCGGAGCGGAUCUGCAUGUGGUGGAAUCCCGGCAUUAGCAAGCAACAGUUGCAAGGAAAGACUUCCUUUUAACAGGCAGAAAUCUCAAACAGAACCAGACUCAUGUAAGGCAGUCAUCUGCCGCUACUGCAUUGAGUUCAAAUACCUGAAAUACCUUUGAAUGUCAAUGCUAGUUAAAUCUUCAGGAAACCAUCAUGCAAGACAUUGUGCAGAACUUGAUCAGCAAAUUUAUGAUCCCUAUAAACCAAUAUUUGCAUACUGUAGACAUGGUAUGAUAGAGUUGAGAAUAGCUGUAUGUUUGACAGUUAUAGAUGUGUUAAGGUGAAGUUCCUUACAGGUCAGGGUCAAGGGUUAGGGCAUGAAUGCAGUCACUCACUAGCAGAAAGUCCUAACAGGUAUGUAAAUACCAACAAAUGAGACUCGACUUGUGUUUGAACACACUUGUCAGACAUCACGCACCCCUCCCUCAUUUUACAAGGAGGCUUCAUGAAAUACUUGUGUCACAUAGAGAGCUUCAACCCCUCGGCCCCCAUGCAUGUUCUCAGGCUGGUCGUCUCUCUAAAGAGGACGUGCCUGAAACAACAAGCGAGGGUCUGCGGUGAGAAAAAGGCCCCAUGUGAGCUUGGAUGCCGCUGACCCUCCCGAGCAAGUAGCCUCCCUUUCAACCGCGCUGCUGCUGACAAAUUUACGAGCCCUAGGCUGACCCACGGGCUGACUUUCCAAACAUGAUACUGACAGGAAAACAGUCGGAGACAGUAGAGAUGGAGGGAGGCAAGGGGGAAAGACAGGGAUGAGGAAAAGAGUACAGAGGGAGGAGAAGCAAGAUGUGUAUGUCCUCUUUAUCGCAUGUUUUUUAUUAGAGCGUCAGGGGAAAAUGAAACUCUUAAUACAGGGAAGAGAAGAUAAUGAGGUGAGAAAGAAGAAGACUCAAACAAAGGAAUGUUUUAAAGCGAGAGGGUACAAUUGCAACACAACUGGGUCCAUGGGUUUGGCUCCCAUUGAGGCCACUUAUAUGAGAAAUGUAUCCUCUCCCUGUGCUGCGAGGCUCUCUGGAUAAAAGGAUCUUAUCACUAAGGAUGUGCAGGGGGAAACUCUGCCCAGUCUUUCCUCCUGCUUAGACACUUUCCACACCUCUUAGCUGCACGUCUCCUAGAUACCGCUUCCGACAGAGCAAAGUACAAUUCCCCUGCCGGUGAAAGUGUCACAUUUGGAGAUAUACGUCUGUUUGCCACUCUGUACAAUAAGGUUAGUGUGCUCAGAAUAGUUUGAGUGGGUAUAUUUCAGUGGGUUUCACAUUCAUGAUAAGCUGGUUAUUCUCUUAAUCCCUUUUCCUUUGCUAAGGGGUUUGUGUCAGAUUAAUGCCACCGAUGGUUGAAGCACUUAUUACCAUAUGGCGGUUCUUACUUUCACAACCAAAUAAUCUGUUAUUUGGAUGUCUUUCCUAAACAUUAUGUUAAAGAAAGUUGUGUGAACCACAUGAUGAUCCUCAAAUAUGGACACUUAACCUCGACGGUCUUAAUUGAGCCACUGGUGUGUGUGAUCUGUGCUAGUUUUUUAGCAUGUAGGCUGCACCAUAGGCUGUGUAACUCAGGUCUCAACUGGACCGGGGUUCUAAGUGUCCAAUGUAAUUCCUUGUUUUGAUGAACCGCAGGUGGUGCACAGAUCUGCCACUCCUAAUGAUAUAGGACGCACAGCACCCCUUAGUAGGUUCAGCCCAGUCUGGCUUUUUGGUUCAGUAUCUGGCUGAUAUCAGGAUUGGACCUCGUAAAUGCCUGGCUCUUCCAGUCUGUAUCUCAUGCUUGUUUGGUCAAGAGUGUUUUGGUUCAACGUGAUCGAGAUCAUAUUUGGCACAUUGGUACCAUGCCUUCGAUGGCAACUGUUGCAGCUGCAGGUUGUCCAGAAGACUAGAGAGACCGGUUCAGUUUAUUUGCUAUUUCUCGAUUACUGAUCUGUGAUUUCAAUAGAUGAUUGCAAAACAAGAUAGAGAAACCAACUCCCAGCCUCAAUGGAUGUUUUUAUCCUGCUUAAAACCCAGGCCUUAGUAUCUGUAUCCUACUGCAUGGUAACAGGAAAAAGAAAACAUUGUUUGGGAAUAGUUUCCAUAGGGGCUACCCCUGAACUAAAAUAACAAGUCAUCUGAAAAAGGUAACCUGAACAUGCAUUUCUUACUUUCAGCAAAAAACUCAAAUAACUUUAAUGAAGCCAAAGUUCUCAGCACUUUCAUCUCACCAAUAUAGUGUUGACAUUGUGGACAGAUGUAUUAUUAGAAACAUUGUUUGUUUUCCUCCUGAUUUUCCCCAAAGCCCACCUGCUUUUUAAAUAUCCAGGUAUCUGGUUACCACCGCUGUUGUUGGAGCUGCGCCUGUAUGUAAAACAAGCAGUAGGUUUUACAUGUAAGUCAGCCCAGGGGGAAGAUAGAAGCCGGCCCAGACUGAUUUAUCAGUGGGUCAUAUGCUGGGCCUCUAAGCCGCUGAAAUGUAUUGUGGUCACCACAGACUCUCCAAAGGGACUCACAUUGGGGCUUGACUGACUACAUGACAAAGAGGGUGGAGGAGACAGACAGGCUUCGAGCCAAUACAGGGAGAUGCAGCAGCGGUGCAGAAGGAAGAAUAGAUGUGCAGAAAGGAAUAGGAGAAAAAAAGGAGGUGAACGGCAGGGAAACGGGGAAUCACACAGUAUCACGGGGCGAUUCGGCCUUCUACCUUGUGUCUAUGGAAUGUAAAGCCACCAAUAUUUUGACUUCUCCUUUGGAAACAGCUGCGUUUCCCUUUUUCAAAGAUAUUUUUUCCUUAUUUAUCGGAUCCCUCAGGAGAGAUCCAUCUCCUGGCCCUGACACCGGCUUCCUCCUCUAAAUCUGGGACCAGACUUGCCUUGCGCUCGCUCACUCUCUCAUACACACAAACACACACCUGCUGCCCAGCAGACAACCACAGAUUGCUAUAGCAGGCCUCUUUACUGCCUGUACUGCUGCACCUUGAUAGAGGCACAUGGACACAUAAAACAUAGAGAAAUACUUGCCCUCCCAAGAAAGAGGCUCUCUGAUGGCAACUUGAGGAAAAAAAGCAACAAACACAGCAACCUAUCCAACAUCAUUAGAGUAAAUCUCUGUUUAUGGAGCAUUUCAUUAGCCCGGAUUUGGGGAAUCUCUGAAGCAGCAAGCGGGGCUGUUUCUGAGAGGGUUCGUUGUCCAGCCCAGGAGGAAAGUAGUAAGUUGUCAUUAUCUGUCACAUAAAUCACGGAGGAAAUGUAGCCGAACAUCAAGGACGGAGAGUCCCACGAAGACGGAGGAGGAUCAGAGAUUUCGUAUGCCAUGGUCAUUGAUUUCCCCAAUAAAUACUGACUUUAACGGCAUCUCAGAAACAUUUCAUAAAUGGGUCCACCUGCUAUCCAACAUUGUGGGAUUUCAUUUCAGGGCCAAGAAACGGUCAAAAAACCCAUUUAUUGUCAAAAAUUGCUGAUAGAUUUGCAGCAGCUUCUAUUUUAUUGCAGGGAAUCGUCGUUCCAGAUGAACCCUCCUCCGCUGGCCACCCAAAUGUUUUUACCAUGUCGCUUAUGGCAACCAAGGGACAGCAAACCCUGACAAUCUGACGAACUCUAAACAGUGUAAUUUUGAGCGUGCGGUUCACGGUAAGAUUAAUGAUCCUGGUUAUGAUUGUUGUUGUUAGUCACAUAUAUUACACAGUGAAGUGUUUGGUAUAUCUCCUUUUGUUUAUGGCUGUGGCGUUUGGUUGCGUUUAUUUUCUUGUUCGUGUGUAAAUCAAACAGCUCAGGGUAUUCCUGCCAAUUCAGCCUCCAAAUGCAACAAGAUGUUGGAGAGGGAACAAAGUCGACCCGUGCACCAAACUCUGGUAGAAAUCAAAGAUCCCAACAAGCAGCACUCGUCCAUUCGAUUGUCUAAUUUUUGAAAAGCCCGUUUCUAGCACAUUUUCUUCUCUCAGAUGAAACUGGUGAAGCUGGAUCUUCAUCUUUUUCAACAAUCCUCCUUCUAAUUCUGAGGGUUUGAGAAGCUCUCUGACUUUUGUGUUGCGUGUGAUCUUAGUGGAAGUGUAGGGCACCGUUCCUCUGACUAGAGGCUGUUGUGACAGCUGCUCUUCGUAGAAUUACAUUUUUAUUAACUCGCCAUAAAGUGGAAAGGGGAUCUUCUGUGUUGUUUAUUUUCCAGCUCGUUUCUUUCCUGAUUUCAUGGAAUUUCCUUCAAAAAGUAAAAAAGUUGUUGCACCAUCUUUUGUUGACAGCUCAUUGGCUGGAAUUGAUGUCCAAUGAAAGAACGGUUGUUUUUGCAGGGGCUUUUGGGGAAAUCACAACUGGCCAUUAAUGUCAAUGAGUGUUUUUUCUGUGUCCAUUUAGACCUCUAAGUGUUCAAACAGACACAGACGCUGUGUGAAGAUUGAUUACAGAGAUGGGUGUAAAGGUCAAAUUUGUACUUGCACUCGUAAGACUCCUUUGCAGACACAUUUGUCUUCUUGGAGUCCCUCAUUCUUAUCUCUAAAUGUCAAUCUCACCAAAUUUGAUUUUCUACAUGGUAAGCAUGUUUGUUGUCUGAGUAGUAUUGACUAAUCAUGGCUCAGCAGGAUUUUGUAUUAACAGAAAAACAACAAUCCAUAUGGGGAGCAAAAGCAUGCAAACCGUGCAGCGCUGCAGGAACAUCCUGGAUCCCAUCUUCAGUAACCUGACACUAGCUGUGUUUACGUGAGCACAAAUAAUCUGAAUAAAUGGUCUGAUUGGAAUAAAAUGCAUCAUGUAAACAUGUCGAUCGGAAGAUUCUGAUCUACUUUGGCUCAAUCGGAAAGAAAUUGUAUUCCAAUCAUCAGGUGAAGCUUAUGCCAAUUGUUAUUCCGAAACGCCAACAGUGCUGGGAGCUGGUUCUGGAAAACACCAGCUUUUACAGAAACUCCUAACAAGUGUCAUCUCUGAUCCUCAUUAGCGAGUUUCUCGUUUGUUCAAGGCUAGAUUCUGUUUCAGAUGUGGCUUUGUUGUGUUAGGCCUAGCUCCAAUUGAUGGUAGAUAUCAGAGGGUGACCAUAUGUCCUCUUUUACCCGGAUGUGUCCUCUUUUUGGGGGGCUGUCCGGGCUUGUUCAGCUUUGUCCAGGGAAGUUUUUAAAAUCCUUCAAAUGUCUGCGGUAAGUUUUGAGUUUGUGUCACGUGGACUCACUGAGUUAAAGCACGUAAAAUACACUUGAUCCGACCUGAAAAACUCACGACACGACUCCACCCCCUGUAGUCGUGCCCACUAGUCAGAAUAUGGUCACCCUAAAAUAUCAUGGAUCAUAUAUUUUGAUAGCUCACUUUGCUAUGUUAUGCAUCUCCUAAACCUUUUUCAUCAUUAUCAGACUAUUUAGCUGAACAAAUUGUGAUAAAAAAAAGAGACAUAGUCAUGACAGAAAACACUAUCUGUGGCGUCGUGCAGCUGAGUUAGACUGUCCACAUCUUAAUCCCGAGUAAUGGCUCCACAUGAGAUGGAAUAAAAUCUCUUAUUGACACACAGGUAUGACACAUCCAUCUACCUGGAGGCCAACAGGAGACUCGGCAGAAAGCCGAUGACUGCUACCACUCAGCUGUCAGUCCAUGGAUGGAAAUACAGAUACUGCACAGUCCAACAGUCAUACCUUGGAUAUCUAUCUGUUAGCAGAGGAGCAAUUACAGCAAAUUAUCCACCUUCUUCAGAGUUGGACACACAAACCCACACAUUGCACACUAGCUGAAAUCUCCAAACUGCAAAUAGACAGAUGUGUGUCCAGACUUCAGUGUGUCAUCUUGGGAGGAAUGCAGCACUGUGGUGAUGGAGUUUGGCGUUGGUGGAACCAAAAGUCAGAUAAUCUUCCUUCAUGGAUAUGUGCGAAGUUGUGCGUUUGCGUGUGCUGGAACAGUGAGCCUGACAUUUUGUGUCAUGGUUUUUGGAUAAAAAAACCCAAAUGGUUUUUCAAGGAUUAUAUGGAGGUUGAUGGCUGUAGAAAAAUGUGAUUAUAUGGUCCAAAUGGGGCCUUUGUUCAUGGGGAUGUCAGUCCAGUGAGGUCAUGAUGUAGUGUAACCUGUGGGAGGUAAUGGAAGAGCAGCAGGCUGAAUAUCCAGGUCAUUGAUGAAUCUGUGUGUGCAUAUGUGGAGGAGGUGGAGAGAACGAAGCUGGGACUGUCAUGCUGUAUUAGUUUGUGUUUUGAGUUUAUCGGCCAUUUCAGUAUUAGCCCUCCUUGCUUCGGUAUUAAAAUUUCUUGUUAUUUUAGCAAAAUACAAAUACUGCUGAGUACCUCUAAGCUGUUACCAUAAUGCAUUUCAUAAUUGUCCUAUUCGUUUCGGUGACCUUUAACGUCGGGGGCAUGUGCCUGCAGAAACAGACUGUGAGUUUUCACUUAAUUAGACGUUAUAUCACACAGUACCCAACAUACCCCAGAUUUCGAGAUCCACUCCACCCAAGAAAAAGACAAUAACAAUGAAACCAAAACAUGAAACUCAUCACUUCUUGUGUCUCGGAGGAGGAGGAGACACAUUUCUUGGCUGUGAUGAAAACAUAGCAGGAAUUAGUGAAGUGCUUGAUUUCUGAUGUACACUGUUGUAGAGCUGCUGAUCUGUGUUUACUAAUGAAGCCUGACAUGGCUUGAUGUGGACUGAUGCACCGGUCUUGCUCUAAAUUCUCACACCACUGACCCUGCAGUAAACAGACCCUUCAAAAAAAUUGAAUAUCAUGGAGAAAUUCAUUUAUUUCCAUAAUUCCAUUCAAAAAGUUAAACUUUCAUAGAUAAUAGAUUCGGGUCCCACAAUUUAAACGAUUUCAAGUAUGUAUUUGUUUAUUUUUACAUAAUUUGGGCUUCCAGCUCAUAAAGCCCACGAAAACAGGAAUUUGAAUAGUUAGAAUACUGUGAAGAAACCAGCCUAAAUUUUGCAGAGCAUGAAUGUUUAAAACUGAGUGUAGAUGAUCACACACUAAUCAUCUACUCAACUCAAAACACCUGUGCAGGUUUCUCCAGGUGUCAUUAAUUAACUUCAGUUUGGUUCAAUGAUGGGAAGACUGCAGACUUAAGAACUGACCAAAGGACCAUCACUGAUACCCUCCAUAGGAUAGGUAAGCCACGAAAGUUCAUAGCUAAGGAGGCUGGCUGUUCACAGAGUGCUGUGUUCAAGCCAUAGACUGUAUAUACUAUGGACAACUUGGUUCUGCCUUCCGCCUGUAUACGGAUUUGAAGCUGAAAAGCUCUUGGUAAUUCCGCUUUUUUCUCCACUUCCUGAAACCAACACUGCGCAGUAGCAUUGUUGCCGAGGGUUGCUGUGAUGAAGCUCGGCUUUAACAGCAUAUCCCCCGGGUAAGCUACGUAAUCUUCAUACGCCCUGUAGGCGUGAUAGGCUGUAUCAAGUGUCAAUCAUAAAAAACAUGAACCCCCUAAUAACUUUUAAAAAUGGAGCUGUACAGAAAAAGAGGACUUGAGCACAAACCAGAAGUCUAAUUCUAAUCAAAUUUUUUGAAAAGGGUCUGCAUGUCUGGGUCUGUUCAGCCCCUUUGGUCUCUUUUUUCCCUUCGUGUCCUGUUACACAAUUGUAUCUAAUAAUUAUUUACUUUGACUUUUACAUCUGUAACUCUGCAUGUCUCAUAUGCAUGCAAUUACCCUGAGUGCACAUGUGUUGGCCCUUUCCUAAGAUGUCCAGAAGGGGUGUGCAUGUGUGUGUGUGUGUGUCUUCUUCGGACAUAAACCUUCCUCACUUUUGCCAAUGGCCCUUGGCUGGUCCUGUGGCGCUCAGUGUGUCGGCUUUGAAGCUUGUUCAGGGGAGAAGAUCAGAGCGCGGGAUGAUUUUCCAAAGACACACACACACACACACACACACACACACACGUAUCCUUGUUCAAAGUUAAUGAUGACUCCCAGCAGACCUUGAGCUCCUUCGUCCAUACCUUGACCACAGGAGCUACCCGCCAGCUGCUUGUCUACAAAGAGCCAAACACUCUUUUUUUGGAGGCAGAAUGGUCACCCCUUACACCACUGCUUUGUUUGCUUUUGUGAGUAAGCCAACAGCAUUCGUUCGCUUUAUAAAAUUCAGCCGUUUUCUUCUCCUCUUCACAAAAAAAAGAUAAAACUGACAACAGCUCUCCUGUAAGGAUCAUAACCUUUCAUUAGGUGGGAUUUUGAUUGAAUUAUCAAUAAACAGAAAACACGGACAUUUGUGGCUUAUCCUCAGAAACCAUUAAGUCUGAGAGAAAAACCAGACAGAUUAUGGGCUGUAAUUAUAUAAACACAGAUGGAUUCUUCUCAUGCCUCAGACAUCCAGAACAUUCUUCGUUGGUUUAGCCAUCCGCAAAGUCUUUAACAAUGUUGACAGGUUCUUGGUAAGCACAAAAUUAAUUGAAGGAUGGAAAUGUCUUCUUUUUAAUUCUUCCCGUUCCCUCAUUCACUUUCAUUUUUAUCUCCCUCUUAACAGCCUUUCUGUCAGAGCGCUGCACCGUGGGUCAGAGGAAAUAGUAAAUUAUGGAUUUAAUUAGAAAGCAAAGAUUUUUAUGAGAGUCUUUGGGAUCCAGUUUUGGCGUUCUCGCAAACAUGAAUCUCUCACAAAGCUCGGUUAUUGAGGAGAUAGAGGAAUCCUCGCCGUACACCAUAGGAACGUUGAGCUUGUUUUGCAGCUACACUGGCUUCUUGUUCCCGUGUGAGUUCAGGAAGGUCACACGUUCCAACUGCAGUCAUUUUAUUACUUUUAGGAGACUCUGAGGUAGAGUUAGAGCAAAGACUGCCUACUUUAAGGACUGUUAGCCAGAGCAGGAACAUGUUUUUCAUGUAGUGUAAUUUUCUAACAAAUAAGAGAGUUCUUGUGUGUUUUAAUCUUUUUGCAAAUUAAUGAAGCUCCAUCAGUUCCUGCAUUUUCCUGCUUCGUGUCUUUACAUGUUACUGCGAAAACAGCUGCUUGAUAUUUUUUAUAUUUAUCUUUUGAUUGAUGUGUUAGUGAUCAGUGUUAUUCUGAGGCGUCAUUCGCCAUCUGUUUAACCCAAAUUUAGCAUUCAGGUUGGUCAAACUUAGGGCUUGGAGAUAUGGCCUCAAAUCAAUAUCCCGAUAUAUUGAGCAGUUUGCCGAUAAAUGGACGAUAACUACUCCACGAGCUGCUCACCCCCUACUUCAUCUUCGUCUACUUCAGCCUCCACUCUAGCCACUCCAACUUUUGAACCGUCCUCCAGCUCCUCACCUGUCUUUCCCUCUUUGUUACGGACUGGAUGGGGUGGAGUCACAUCUCGGACGUAGGACAGCGUCUUAAAGGGAUAUUCCGGUGUAAAAUAAAUUUAGAGUUAAAUACACCGUAACAUCGGAUUAGACACCCCCUCGAGAGAUGGUUGUUGCUGACCGCUUGCUUCCCUACUUUUACCAACUUUAGUAACGACCGCACGAUAACAAAACACAGCGGUCUGAGGAGCCAUAGACAAACCUCAACCAAAACGCCACUCUACAGCCACAAAUAAUGAUCAGAACAGCACCUAACUUCAUCAACAGUACAUAUAGGGUCUUAGCCAUAGCACAAGAGACUAAACACAACUCACCCACUCUCUUCCAGCAGCCGCUUGUUUGUAGUGAGACCUUGGGCCAGUCCAUUACGUACGGGGAUGCAGCUCGAGAAAUGAGUGUGUCUGGAACCGGUGUGUCUAACUUGGUGUUACGGUGUGUUUGACCCUAAAUUAAUUUUAUGCCGGAAUAUCCCUUUAAAGGGACAUGAGACCAUACCCUACCUACACACAUCCAAGACCAACUUUUAUUUAUUUUUUUGACACUGAAUAUAUUGACAUGGGCAAAAUGGCAUUGGUUAUUGUUGUAAAUUUCAGUAUUGGUAAAUUUUCGGUUUAUCGCCCAGCCCUACUUGAUCUAUUGUUGUGUUUCCCAAAAUACACCCUAUGAAGAGUUGGCGAGAAUCAACACGGUAUAAAUGGGUUCACUCGACUCCUGCAGUCCAAGUCCAGAUGUUGAGAAAUUCAGACGGAUUGAUUUAGACGGAUCUGUCUUGUAAAAGUCGCUGAAGGUUACAGUGGCUGCUGUACAGAAAUACUUUAACAGUCCUGCCCCGAGAGUCUGGUGGCACAAGGCACCGUGCAGCUGGCUCCGUGUACUGCCGUCUGCGGUGGAAGAAGGAUUUUUGUGUGAACUGCAACUACACAAGGUUGGAAAAAAACAGGCUGCAAGACCCAAACCUCUGUCUGUCAUCAGAGUGGUGUUUAGUGAAGUCUCACUGACAAAUCUAAUCAGAGCUCUGUUAUAAAAGGGUGCAGGUGCUCUUUUCUCUUUUGUUGAGUCACAGCUGGGGAAGUAGUUUGUUAUUUUGAUGCAGUCAGAGGAUUCAGUUUGGAUAUCAGGGGUGUGUGAUGAGACGGACUGCUUUUCUUUAACUUUUUGUACUAUUUUUUAAUCAGUUUGGUUGUACAGGUGAGUAAGACUCGAUAAAUACCUAAAAGCGUAAUUAUCCACGACAGUCCCUUUGGUUAAUUUUACCAGCUGAGUGUUGCUAAGGGGAGAAAGAAAAAGUAUUUUGGCCGGAGAAGGUGGUUGUUAGUUGUUUUGCUCUGCGGUUGUGGGAUGUGUGAGAGAAAGCUGGAGGGAUUUGAUGCAGGCGGUCUCUGGCCAGCUGUCUCUCCCAGGGAUUUACUGGACAGGGCAAGGAGUGUGAGCGAAGCGCUGACCACUGACCACAGACAAGUCGGCCGGUCUGCCACCCCGGGCCCUUUCCUGCACAGUCCUGCUUUUUCUGCUUUGCACCAAAGAAGACUUCUAUUCUGCUCCUCCACACUCUUCUUUUUUUAGUUUAUUCCAUUUGUCUGUCUUCCUUCCUUCUUCUGCUUAUAAAUUCAUCCUUCUCUUUGCUCUCUCGUCUUUUUCUAGUUACUAAAUUGGUGAUUGCACCAUUAGUCCCAUUGCGGUUUCUCGAGUCAGUUUUGUCUUUUCUCUUGUUUUACCUCUUCGUCUGCUCCUCCUGCAGACAGUCUUUCACUCACUCGUCAUUCUUUCAAAACUUUCCCCUUUUUUUCCUCCUUUGCCUUUAAAAAGCCAAACUUUUGCAAUGAAGUCCUACAAUGUACUUCCUGUUUGUUAUUUUAGGUCUGCUAACGCUGGUUUGCAGAGGAGUGAUGGAUAUAUUUUGUCCAAAAAUAAAGUAGCAGGUCAAACUAAACUGCAGAUUUCGAGUCUAAAACUGUCACAAGAUUUUUUUUUUAAUUUAUCCUUACAGGAGAAUCACAUAUAUUGUUUGGAAUUAACAUUAUUUUACGAAGUUCAACUUGUGUCCUAGUAAAUGCAAACCUGCAAAAGAUUUUUAAUGGUCAGCCUCCUUGUGUGUGUGCAUGUGUGUGUAAGUGUGGGUUGCUGUAAUACCUACAACAGCAGGGACAGGACAGCAGCAGCAGAUGUUGCGCAGGUGGAAACGAGAGAACAGCUCCUAUCGAAGCAGCCAAGUGGAUCUGCAAACCGUCCACCUCACCCUCUCUCUCUGUCACCAACUGUCUCCAUCUUUUUUCUCUUGUCUCCCUCCUUUUUUCUGGUCCCUUUUGGUCUCUCCAUCCCGCGCUCGCUGAUGACUGACGUUAUCUGGUGGGAUCAUCUUAUUCCCUCCUCCCACAUUAAUUUUAUUCUCCUGUUUGACUUUUUCAUUGAUACAGAAACUCUUGUUUUUCUCGUCUUUCUUGUGUUUCCUCCUCCUCACAUGGCAUGUUUUAUUCAACAUGUAAAGUAGGGGAAAAUAAAUCCUUGUUAUCAUGAUGUGUUUCAAUUUCACGUCCAGAAAAAAGAAAAAAAAAUAGUUUGGGGUGAAAAUUAAGUAUAAAUACGAUCGUUUGAGGGAAAAAAAAUAACAGAAAAGACUUGAUAGCGAUGUCCAUAAGGAGUUGGAUCACUGAGGAGUCUCGAUGAUAGCAUGAGUUUGGAUAAAAACUAACAAUCACCAUCCCUAAUGUGAAGUGUCCCUCUAUUUUACGUAAUUUUUCGUAAUUUACACGAAAAUUUUACGAGAGCGCUGGGUGUAAAAAUUUCACAUGAAGUUAGUGUGAAAAUUUGGGCCUUUUUUGGACGAUGUCAGGAAUUAUGUACAGCUUUAAUCCAUCAGAGUUGUGAUUUCUCUUUUUUAUUUACCACUUUGGCAGACCAUUAUGUUUUUCUUUUGCUCUAAUGUGUGUCUCUCUCUUGUUUUCUCUUGAAGCAGAUGAAAUCCUCCUCCGUGUUAAAGUGAAUCAUCUGUGAAAUCCCCCUGUUGUUCACUUUGUUAAUCAUGCUUAAGCCUGUGUUUACUGAGAAAUAGAAUUAAAAAAAGGGAAAUGAUUAUCUAAAUUAAUGAUUAUUUUUGUUAUGAACUGAAAACUUGUGACGGGGACAUGUUUUCCUGCAGAUCCUUUUGAGCACUAUUUGUACCAAAACACGAAUGUAACCACGUUUCCCAUCUUUAGAAUCACUCUGAGCAAAUACCUCUCUGAAUCAUCCGACUCCAAAUCCCUUUUCCCUUUUGUGUGUUCCAGUCUAGUUCUCGUCAUGGUAGAUUAGCACAGAGUUUGCGCUCCCUCUACACGUUGUGCGAACACUUUCCUUUGAUUGUAGUGCAAAACCUCAGUGGAUUUCAGCUGAAUUUCAGGCUGGGACAAAGGUGGAGAAGCAGCUGGAAUGCUACUCAGCUGCUAACCCUGUGGCUCCCAGGCCGCGAAUGCAGAGAAGUGCAGCGAUCGGGUGUUUGAUAGUGUGAAAUAUGAGGCUGUGGUCGACUCCAUAUUUUUAUAGUUUGUUUGUCUUUUCUGGGAGUUCUUUGAAGCAAUCCCCCUCACGACACUCACAACUGUGAUUGAUUUGCACUUGAACAAACUGGUGAGUUGUUAGUGAGCGUAGAUGUGCGUUGAGACUGGAUUCAGUGGACGCAUUUUCACCGCACAGAAAACAAUCUUUCUCUUUGGUUGCUGUUAUUGUGCAUUUUUAAAGCAAUAAAAGGUUUUACAGAUGAAUUAGGAGACUGGGCUUUUAUUUGUUACUGACUUUUUUGUGUUAUAGGAAGACGUGUGAGUGAAGCAGGAAAAGGUUGAUUACAAAGAAAGACUGCAGACUGAUUGAAUUGUGGAUAUCACGUGGGUCAUGUUAUCUAUGCUGGUUCAACUCUCUCCUGUCCUUAAACAGGACCCUGUGAUUUCUGCUAUGCUGAACCUGCAAUCAUCGAAUAUUACAAUAAACAAACAGUCUCAUACCACUUCUUUGAUGCAAAACUAGGGAUGAACCAAUCGAUAUUUGGAUCGGAUAUCGGCGUCGAUGACAGUAGUCUUGGAUUGUUAUGGGAUAUUGUCUGAUAUGCUCAGCCCAGGUAUCGUAUCGGAAAAAAAAUGGAUCGUUCAUCUCUAUGCAAAACACUCUGUCAUUACUGUCAUUACUGCAGUUAAAGUUAAUGGCAAAAGAUCAGACAUAGAGGAGUGGACUGGUAGAUGGUUGGAGACGUGCAUUGACCAAAAUCAGCUGAAGCCUUUGGUGCUUUGUUGCUGAAUGCUAAUUAGAUGCUGGGAAUGCUUGAUUUUAAUAGAAAAUAGUAGGAAUGGGAGAAAAAAAAUCGAUACAGCAUAGUAUCGCGAUAUUUUUUCUGGUGAUAUAUCGUAUCGCCUUAUUUACCAAGUAUCAAUUUUUCAAAUUUGUUGCCAAUAUGAAGUCAAAUCUAUGAUAAUGGAAAAAUAAAAUCAACUGUUUUUCCAGUGAGGAUGGCAGAGGUGACUUCAUAGAGCAGGAGAAAGUUCGUACAACAAAUAUAAAUAUAAGGUUUGUAAGAUGUGCUACAUGAAAAUAAAAUACAGUGUAAAUAAGAUGAACAUAAAGGAAAGGGUAAUGCGAAAUUAGCUAAACAGUUGAAAAAAUUGUAUAAAUCACAAUAUAUUGUAUCGCAAUACUCACUGUAUUGCAGAAUGUUAAAAAUCGCAACGAUAUCGUAUCGUAAGUAUUGUGAUAAUAUCGUAGCGUGGGGCCAGUGGUGAUUCCCACCCCUAGAAAAUAGGUCCUGCAGGACACAUCCCCUAACUCCUACUUUGGAGUACUCAAGUACUUUGAGUACUUUGCAUAGGAUAGAAAAAUGCUGCCUUGCUAGUUUCAAGAUAAGCGACCUACUGAUCGUUGUUAAAAAUCAGAGGAAUGGAUGGUUUUCCCGUCUAUCCCUUUCAGCUCAAAUUUUAUGGAUGCUAGUCACAGUUUAAAAACACCCUUUUUCCAAUAACCCACACAGUGAAAAAUGGGAUAAAGAUUUACUUUGGUCCAACUCAAGGCUUUGAUUGCCAGUAAAAUCUGCCAAACACGUUUAGCCUUUCUGUACAGUCAGGUGCCUGAUUUUUGAUCAUUUGUCGAGAGCGCAUUUCAGCAGAUGUUCCAAAUAUUUGAUACAUAUGAAACUGUUGCUGACCUUCGCACCACCUACAGGCAGUUUAUCAAAGAGCUUUCGUGCCAAAAAGCCAGUUGAUUCUUAAAUAGGGAAUAUAAAAUUUCAGGCUGUUGGUCUUUCAGCCCUGAGGGGAGCGUUGUAAAGUCAUUUGGAGUACCAUGACCUCUGCUUAAGUCCUCCACACUCCGUCACACGAGCUGAGCUGAUCUAUCUACUCCUGAACCAAAGACCAGACCCGUUAUCACACACGCUUACUGCAACAUCUGUAUGUGUGGGCAGCCUGUGGAAGAGGAUGAUGAAAUGGUGACUGUCACAUCUGAUGGAAGUCACAGUGACACUUGAUGUGAAUAACAUGUCAUUCUCCUUUGGUGGUUUCCUCCGCUUUACUGGAAAGUGAAAUCAUUUCUGAUUCUUCCCUCCUGCCUUUUCUGGCUCCAUUUGUCACUUAAGUUUAGCGUCUAUAUGACUUCAAAGUGUCUGGGGAGAAAGGGAAGCUCGGACCUUCCUUGAUGCCGUAACAAGGUGGGGCUGCUCCUUUUGGGAGAGUCUGAUUGGUUCCAGGGUUUUUACAUCAACACAAUUUUUCUCCUCAGUUGUGACUCUGGGAACAAAAUGUGUCAUUGGUCUAUUUUGGGUGGGUCCCGCUCCCAACAUCACAGAGUCACAGAGAUCUUGAACAAGUACAAAACUUGAUUCCUUUCACCAAAACAUCUCAGUCUGCGAAUAUGAAACUGUAAGAACUGUGCAGAAUAUGGAUGAUGGUAGAUUGUAUUUAAAGGUGGGGUAGGCAGGAUCUGAGGAAGUGCCAGUUUUUUGGAGAAAUCUUGAAUGUAAACACUACCCCCCAACCAGUUUUCCCCUCAGCUCCUCCCCUCCCUCUUUGCUCCAGCAAGCACCGCCCACAAACAGACGCUCCUGCUCGCUCGUAUCGUUUUAAUUAAAUUCAGAUAUAAUGCAGAUAAAUACUUCAGAUUAUUACAAAUGGAGACCAGUCAAUUUGAAAGUAAACAGCACUGGUGCUACUGUAGAUUCCAACAGACUACCAGCAAACACAAUGUUUGCAGGACUUCUACAACUUGGAUAAAGUGACAUAGUCCAGGACCUGAGGUAAACAGUUUAGCGGCGCUACAACACGCAGCAGGUCCCGUUUGACAAGAAACACUUCUGUUACAGACACUUAGCCUACUGUGUUAUAGCGGUUUACCGGUCCAGCAGAAAGGUUACAGGGUACGUAAGAUCCCAUUGUGUGAUGUUGACCCGGCUUUUUAGCUCUUAUCUAGUGUACCUCCUUUUAAAGCGCCCGUUAUUCCACCAGAGUCUCCAGUAUUUACUUCCUUUUCUUGCUUGUGUCGGCAGUCGUUGCAAAAGGAGGAGUCAGACAAUUUUCCGUACUUUCUUGUUUGUUGCUACUGUCUGAUAUUGUAGCACGCUAACUUUUUUUGGGCUUGUGCAUGUUAUUUGAGGACGUGGAGCGUGUCUCACAACACGAGGGAGCAGCGACUGCCUCACAACCAAUCAGAACGGCUUUGUUUGCAGUCAGUGUGAGCGGACCAUUCAAGAAUGUUAAAAUGUGGACUACACAGACAUAACAAAACACAGCGAUAUCGUUAUAUCCCCAAAUGUCAUCAAUAACUAACAGCUCUUGACUGAUAUUAAAAGUUUUUUUGUACAUACACAAAAAAGAUGCCUCUUUAAUGGAUUCCUGCCUACCCCACUUUUAACCCUGUGUUUAAAUUUGAAUUUCUAAUGUUUAUAUUUUCAUAUUCCUUUAUUUUUGCAGAUUGCAGUGUGCACUUCAGACUCUGCAUUUACUGUAUACUGUUUGAGACUUCAAUCUCUUUGCUGUGGGAGAAAAUCCUCCAGCGUAGACAGGAACUGAAUCCCUGGAGAGCACAUGAUCAUUACAGCCCAUAUUGUGCAUAAAAGCGUAGGAGGGAGCGCAUUUGUUGGUUUUAGUCAUUUCAUGCUGUCAGAAGUGGUCACCAAAUGUCUUUAAGCUCGCUACCGCUGAAAAAAUCAUGGGCUUUCGCCGCGGACUGAUGAUAACAGGGAUUUAUUUAAGGAAACCGGAAGCCACAAAACCUAUUAGACAUUCGGGCUUCAAUGAUAGACCUCCAUACAGUGUCUGUUAGAAGGAAAUUCACUCAUCACUCACUACUGUAAUUUGCACCAAAACCACAUUUGUAAAUGUGCAAUUUCAGUGUAGUUGCAAGGGCCUGAAAGGGUAUUGUCAAGGUUAAAAAAGGCAAAUCUCUCUUUAGUAAUAUAGACAAUAUAAUGAUUUAGCAUUUGACCCCCUUUUCUUGGAUGUUGUAAUCAUCAUGUGUUUCCGUUUCCACAGUGGAGUACGACAGGGAGCUCUCCCCGCAUCGACGGCACCACAAGGAGUUUAAGUUCAACCUCUCGCAAAUCCCGGAGGGCGAGGCCAUCACAGCUGCGGAGUUUCGCAUCUACAAGGAGUGCGUGAGCACCGCGUUCCGCAACGACACCUUCCUGCUCAAAGUCUACCAGGUGGUCAAGGAGCACCCUGACAGGUAGGCAUGUAUACGGCACCGACACCGUAGAGCUUUUUCACGGAGAAGUGGUUGCAGAAUUUGAUUUUGAGUGUCAUGUGAUGGUGGAUGUGUUUACUGGAACAAGGGAAGGGGUUGUAUUGAUUGCAUUUACUGUUCACUUUGAGACAAAUUGUGUGUUGACUGCACCACUCUGCACCACAAUCAUACUUAUCAUCAUCAUACUUUGCGGAGGAAUGCAUAUUUCUGUCUGGCUUAUUAUGUGUGAAUAGUCACAAACUUUGCAUGUGCGUGACCAAGCAGUGAACUGGUCUAUCUGCAAAGGGGUUGCAGGGCUGUCCUACUGGAAAUCACUCAGUCUACUCCAGAUAAGGUGUUGCUACAAACACAGAGAAAGCUGAGUUGACUUCUUUUCUCUUCUUUUCUAGAAAGAUGAGGAUUAUGAGAAGGCGUGCGGAUAUCUUUCUAUCAUUCUCACUCUGCGUUACAGACUCAGGGCCCUCGCUUUGUUUAUGUCCAAAAUCAAGCAUAACCAGGUCCUACAGAAAUAGCCCAGCUUCAAAAUUCUCCAGUCCCACAAAUGAGCACAGCUAAUACAUGUCAAACAUUUACAUUACGUCUGCAGGGGCAGAUAAACAUCCAGUAAGAUUUCUGAAUGAUAUUUGUGUUUUACCAAGCCCGCCCUCUGUGAGCCACCUCAUACAUUAAAGAGUUUCUGUUAUUACUCUUAUGUUAGCGGGUGUAUUUUGUUUAUUAUUACACAUGCACCACGGUAGCUUUCAUCGGUAUAUUUUUGUCUUGAAUAUCGACAAGUAACAAAGCACCUCAAGGUGGGGUCUCUAACAGCAGAUGUUCCCAGACCACAGUCCUAAUCUAAAGCUGAUCCACUUUGAGGUCCACGGAUUGAAAAAGUCUAAGACCCUCAGCUAUAGAUGUUGGCAGAGUAUAUUAUUCUGUCUGUCAAAGGUUCCUUAAGGUAUCAAGAGCUACUUAUUUGCUGCAUUCCUUUAUCCCUACAAUGGGUGGUUUGUGCUUUCCAGACUAGUGGUAAGGCCUUUUAUUUUUGGAGAUAUUUGGAGAUUAAAGGGCCCAUAUAUCUCCAAUUUCUGUGUUAUUGUAAAGCUGUUUUUUUGUCUUGUACCUUGUAGAAAAUCACAGAGUGCUCUCAGCUGAAACGAACAUGCUGUUGUCCUGUUUGGAUUCAAGGUGUAUCUGUUGAGGUGCACUUUCUUAGCCUUAAAAUUCUCCUCAGCCAAAAUGGUAACAUCUUAAAGUCCCACUCCAAUUCUUGAGCCAAAAUCACUCAAAACCACACAAAAUCACCCAAAAUCAGUCAUUUUUAAGGGCUUUUCUUCUGCAGAGCUCCAGUAGCUUAUUUGCAAUUUGCCUCUGAGUCGUAAGCAGAGACUGCGCUGCUCUGCACACUUCUCCUCAUGUUAGCUUGCAGCGGAACGGCCGCGAUUUCCGCCGUCCACCAAUUCCUAUCAGAUUAGUUUGUGAAGUGGAUUUCAUGGUGGACUAUGGACAGCGGGAAUCGCGAGAACUCACAAGAACCCGCGGAUUCACAUGCAAUCGUGCGAUAACAAGUCGUCUCUAUAGCCACAUGACCAAAUAAGCAGUAGGUUGUGUCCUUCCAGAGGAGGAAAUCCACUUCUAGCCUUUAAAAUCAGCAUCUCCUUAUCCAUGGGGUCAUCGGGAUGAAAUGUUGUCUAAUAACCUUUCACUUGUUCGUCCCCGCUCAUUUGCAUGGUGUGCAAUACGAGCCACCGGAAACAACGAGUGUUUUAUUUUGAAAAGAAGCCGGAUAUUUUAUUUUGUGUCUGUGCCUGACUUCCUUUCCAGCACAGGUUAAUCUGUGCGGAAUUUAUCCGGCAUGUUCGGCGUCCGGAAAAAUAGAACUCUUGCGAUCAGCUGUGGAGUCUGGCGAUCCAGUCCAGCAGUGGAAAUUGGGGAUAACAUUGCCAGUGUGGUAGAAGUAGCAGGUUACAUAGGAGCUAUUCAGCUCUCGGACAUUGUCUCAAGGUGCAUGAUGAAAGCUAAUAUCAUUAUUAGCUUUCUUACAAGCACUUUAAUCCGCUAAUGCAGACACUUGUUCCGCAAUCGUUCUCUUUAUUUCUCCGAGCCUGGCCAGCAUAGUGGGCUUGGAUUGGUUACGUAGAAAGUCUCACUGUAUCUGAACCUGCCGUUUGAGUCUGCAAGAGAUCCACGGCUAUUUGAAUGCAGAAAUACUCAGAAAUGCAAUCUCACACUUCUUUUUCUCAUGAUAUGUCCUGUAGCAUCAGAAAAAUGCCAUAUGAACAUGUAGACAGCAAGAAAAACAUGAUGUUCAUCAGAGUGGGUCUUUAAGCUUGUCGUUUUAUAUGAAAAAAACCUGUCAAGUCUUUGGUUGUUGUUUCCCCCCCAUUUUCCGCCCUUUUGCAAAACUCCUCUUUGUAAUCGCCCAAUCAGCAGGGAGCCUAUUAACUUUCUCGUGCCCCUCCUUCCCGUAAAAACCCGACUCCUGUUUGGACUCUAAGCUGUAAUGAUAGAGCGCUUAAUUAGCCCGACACCCUUUGUGCUCCUCAUUUGAUUGGGGCGGUUUUUCUAACAGCGGGCGAGGAAUGCGUGAGAUUACAAUGCCAAAAAUGCGACGGGCCUGACGUUGUUUGUGAAAGGGCAGGUUGCUGCAAACACACACACACAGCAGCAUUUUUCCAGAUGUUAUGGUAAAGCAGUGAUUUAAUUCCUCUGUUGCUUUUACAUGCAUUUAGAGCAGACAGAAAUAGUCCCUAUCUUGUGUUUUUUGCGCAUCAAUCUCUCUCUUCCUGUCUCGUACGUUUCUUUUCCGAUAUUUCAAACAUGCCGUUUCAGCAGUUUCAAAGAUGACAGCUUUUGGAAGAACCAGGUAGAACAGUGAGCCUCACUUUCCCCUCCCUGCGUUUCAUUUUUAACAGCGCUCACUGACAAGACUUAUAAAGGAGAUUUAUUGUAGCAAAAAAACACAACUUUCCCCUUUGACCCUAUUAUUCCAGUUCAUUUAAGCAGUCACUCAAUAACAUGUUUUACAGUAGGCUGUCGGUAGCCUACGCCCUGCAGGCGACUCUCUGAAUCCCCCCCCCUGCUGUCAUUUAUCAGCCGAACCGCGGCUGUGACUCUGCGGCGGGGACCCAGGCACACUGGCCCACGCUGUGACAAACGUGUGAACUCAGCAAACGGGUCGUUGUGUGUGAGUGUGUGAGGGGAAACAAGACACAGAGGCUCAUACAGACGCUGUCAGAAACACUCCCAUUAAUGACCAAUAAAGAGGGGCUGCUGAUGCAUGACUGCAGGGGCAUUCUCUGAACACCUGGAUGAUUGCGCGGCUUUGAUGUCAGCUGUGGAGGAGGGUCCGACAGGCCCGACGCUGUGUUAUUACUUGUGUAAUGGGACAGUGGGAGGACAGGCCCUCUUAUCGCUCACAGUCUGUCUUUUCUUUAAGCUCCUCUGCUCUCUUUUCAUCGAUUGUACUUUGUGGGUCUGUCUUUACCUCUUUGACACGUUCUCCUCUUUUGAAGCUAAAACACAUUUAAACUGAAUGUUUUAAAUAAUAUACAAGUCAAAUGGUUACACCUAAGAAGUAUUAGGAAUACUCUUAAGUGUAUCCAAGGAUUUACUCUAAAGUGCAGCUCUUCAUUUCUCUUUUCUGGGCAAUCACACCAAGUUCGAGUAAAAUCAAAUACUCGCUUAAUUCGCGCAAGUCUAGAGGCGUGAAUUAGUAGUGUUUACUCGCUUCAUUCUGGCGUUAUUUCAGUAAUUGGUAAUCCCUGACAAUUCAACUGGCAGGAUCAAGUCAUGGACAAAGGUUUUGUACAAUUUACCAGGUAAUCCGACCUCCUCACUCACUUGCCUCCAAGUGAGCUCCUUUUUUAUUCCGGUUUCGGUAAUUGAAAGAAAAGGUAUAGUAUAAUUCGGGGCACCCACACACCGACUCAACCAGUUUGUCCUCCAUUUUAAAUACCACUGAACAACCAUCUGUUUUCAUAUGUCACCUGGCAACCUUUGUGCCAAGUAGUUAUCGUGAUGUGAAUAUCCGCUCAUGUUUAGAUUCGCCAGAGUGGUAGGAGUGUCUAAUCGCGUUUUUGCAUUGACUUAACAUGUAAUUCAUUCAGUUAUACUGUUAAGAUAAUAUAACCCUGAUACGCACCAGCAGUGCUUGUAGCCCCUUGGUUGGAUUUAGCUCUUUGGUCUCUGACACUACUUUGAAACACUGUCAACAUCCAGUCUUUUUUAUAAUCUAAUACAUUUUCCUUUUAAUACAUGGGAGACUUACUUCUUUUUGCUGUGUGCUCAUGUGAAAUUUAUUAUUUGUAAAUAAAUAAUAUUCAGUAAAUUUAUACCUGUAUUAAUAUGUUAACUUUCUUUUUUUUUUUAACAAUGCUAAUGUCAAGCCUGAUGCCUUCACUCACAGAGCUAGGUAUAUAGUUCAUUCAUUCAACAGUAGUGUUGGAUCAGUACUGGAUAUCGGCCGAUAUGCUCAGCCCGGGUAUCUGUAUUGGAUUGGAUCAGAAAAAAAUGAAUCUGUGCAUCUCUAAUUUGUUCCUCAUGAUAUUUUGUAUUUCAUUUUAUUUAUUUAUCGUAUAUUUUUUUCAUGUCCUUCAGAGAGGCAGAUCUGUUUCUCUUGGAGUCUCGCCGGCUCUGGGCGGCUGAGGAGGGAUGGCUGGAGUUUGACAUCACAGCAACAAGCAACCUGUGGGUGAUGAGCCCGAUGCACAACCUGGGUCUGCAGGUCAGCGUGGAGACGAGCAGCGGUGAGAUAAAUUUACUACAACAUGUCCAAACCAAAACAUCUAACCAGGUAUCCCCAGGUGGAGUUUUCCUUUAAACGUGUUUCUUCUCAAACAGGGCAGAGCAUCAGCUCCAAGGAGGCGGGGCUUGUGGGCCGUGACGGCGCGCUGGAGAGGCAGCCUUUCAUGGUUGCGUUCUUCAAAGUUAGUGAGAUGCACAUCCGCACCCCGCGCUCCGCCGGGGGAAAACGCCGCCAGCAGAACCGCAACCGAUCCACGCAACCGCAGGACGGAUCCAGAUCCCCAGGCCCAGCAGGUCAGUUUUUAUGUCAACUACACAAAAACUGAACCGUAACUGACCUCAUCAGACGAUGAGACGGUGAACACAAGCAGACACAAAAUUCACCUCAACCUCACCUCAUUACAUCUGUAACUGAUGUCCAGCCUGUUGAGCUCAGUGGAUAUGAACGUGUAUGAAGUCUGACUGCGGCUCUCCUCUCUGAGAAGUUAAAUUCAUUGGACCUGACUAGAUCAAGAUCUCUCUAAUCAAACCUCAUCAGAUGAAAGCCCGAGGAUAAUAUCUAGAUCCUUUUUUUAGCUGAGGUCCUGAGUAUUUCAUUUAGGGCAGUGUUGUGCGUUCAAAACCUGUUUCUUGGAUUUUUUGGGAAAUAGAAAGAGUUACUUCAUUUUACCAUGUGGAAAUACAUCAUUAGAUGUAAAUCCCUAUUCUAUUUAGUCAGAGACAUCAGUUUAAAUUUAGUUUGUACUUGAUUUCAUUCACAAAAAAAACGUUAAAGACUGAGGACGGUCAAGCCAAACUGCUCCAGAAGCACAAAGUCUUUCUGUUUUAAUAUUUUUACAGGGCUGUGCAUCUGUUGAGUUUCAGACAAGCCAAAGUUGUUUGGCCCAACAUCAGCCUAAGCAAAGCACACCUGCUUCCUGGAUGCGAGUCAGGAUUGUGAUAAAUGACUCGCAAGAAUCGGCGUAAGUGUACCUCCGCUGAUUUCAGGUAUUAGACCGGUCCUCAUCAGCUAACUGGAGCUGAUUCUAAGCCCAAAAUGGCCAGAGUCUGCACCCAAAAACCCCGGCAAAACCUGUGCCAGACUGCGGCUUAGUGCGCUGACACACACUACGAACGACUUGGCGAGCUACCUGGGAAGCCAUUUACCUCUUCUGUGCUUCUCUCUCUGCCCGGUUUAAUGACUCCACCAUCUGCACCGUCUACAGAGGUAUUUUUGGGACAGGUUUGGUUUGCUUCACAAAAAAAACCCUGCUGAGAUUUGUUUGCUCUAUUUCCUGUUUGUUCAGUGCAUCUCCCUCACUUUCUCAGUAGGUAACAGAGUGCUGCUGUUAACACAAGAGGUUGUAACCUAAAUUCCUGCAGGGCUUUUUCUCAGUAAUUGCAUUAGAUGAAAGCUUUGGCUGACAUAACAGAGAACAAAGACUCAUCAUUUGUUAUGCUACAGGAGAGUUGGAGUGUACCACAUGUUCAGUUUUGGCUGCAGAUAUGUGCUGUCUUUUGCCCAGCUGUCUUAAGCCUGAGAUGUCUUAAAAUGCAGGAAUACUGAUGAAUCAGAGGACUGAAGUGCACAACAUGUGUUCUGCGAGGUUAAAUGUUACAUGCUUUUACGAUCAAGCCCUGAACAUGCAAGGUAGAUUUGCUGUGAUCUUCCUUUGUGUCCCGAACUAUCAAAAGGAUGAGAAAACUUUCUCUGAGGUAAAUCUGCUCACAAAUCUGCUCUAACAAGGACAAUCUGUUAAAUAUGUGUCCUAGAGGAUUGGACUUUACAUAACCCAAAACAUCAAGACCUCUCCGCCUCACCACUCGGGACGACGGGGAGUGUAAAUAUUUAGAUCCUACACAGGAAGCAGGGAGGCCCCCCUCGCGACAGCGGAGUGUCAGCGGCCAGCGGAGGACUGCUGGAGUCGUGGACUGGAUGGGAGGAUCCGUGAGGAAUUCAGGAGGGCAUAUGGUUUCAAUACCGCAUCACUCACUCCAGAGACAGGGAGGAGGACGGGAUGGAUGGGGAGCGCAUCCGUCUUCGAGCGCUCAUGGGGAGAAUCAAAAUGUGGCCGUUGUCCCCCUGUUUGGAUCUGGCACAGAGCUCCAGUCCUUCAGUUCAGGCCGCAGCAGCUCCAACUAAAAGGAACAUUUCACCGAUAAUUCACCCUGAUACUUUUUUUUCCAAAAUAACACGAGAUCUAAGGCCGGAAGGCAGCAACGUGUUUGUUUUUAAUUGCUCUAGUGUGCACAAGCCUCUACAUAGAGGCUUUUUAGCUUUUUAAAAGAAACAUUCACCACCAACGUCUAUACUCUGUGUGUUUUCUAUUAAUAGUUUUCCUCCACCGCUGCCAUCGCACACUCCUGACCUGUGUGCUGCACCGCAGCGCUGCUCUUACUUCAUCUUUUGUAUCAGUUUGUGUCCUUUUAAACCUAAUUUGUCAAUUUCCAUCUUGAUCCACAAAUUGUUUUUUUUACUGUUUGGCUUUGUCAUAAAUAAGCGCAACGCCUGCUAAGGACAUAAAACAACCUUUCUGACUGUGAAACUUUAUUUCUCCCUUUUUAUUCCCUGUGAGGCCUGGGGGCUUGUUAUUUUCUCAUUUUCACAUUUUUAGCGAGCUGGAUUUAAAACGACAUGUGAUAUUAAAUGUCUUCCAGAUGACAAAAAAGGACAAAUUCAGCCAAAAACAUUUCUGCAGCAUUAGUCUGAGAUGACAGUGUAAUUAUAUGUGCAAUUAAUCAUCUUUGUUUGCUACGUUUUGCUGAGAAAAGCAAUCUAAUGAAAAGUUUUCACAUUUUUUUGGCAGAUAGAUAACUGUUUUCUUAAAUUUGGAGUUAUGAGUCUGGUGCAUGAAUAUUUUUGUCAGCAUUACGAUUCCACCCCCUCUGGGUGUGCCUGAUGUGAGCACAGUGGAAAUGCUGCCGUGUACCCUGCCAAAAGAACAAUACAACACCUUUAAAGGUAAUUUGGGGUUCUGUGGGCGUAGAGGGACGGGAGGUAAUGGGACUUGGGCUGGGUUUUGGCUGUGGGGGAAGUUAACAACCAUCCGGGGAAGGAAUAUCACGUCCCGGCACAGCACAUGCGGCCUGUAAUUAGGCCUAGCCAGUCAUUAGCUGCACAGCUAAAGGACUGACCACGCUAACAGUAUCGCUUAAAGAAUUAUAAUAACACAGCUCUGGGCCUGCAGUGUUUUUUCAUCUGUCCCUCUUCUCCUCCUUGCUCUCCUUGCUCCCUCCCUAUUCGACCUCCUUUUGUUUACUGUUGGAGUAAUUAGACAUGGCGGAGCUCCCUCGCAGGGUUUAAUAACCUCUGUGAUGAAAGACAGGAAGAAAGAUAAACUUCAGUAGUGGUGGUGGGUGGGAGGGAAGAGAGAGGAGAAAUGUUAGGGACAGCGGUGACGUUCUUCUUUCAAGUCGUCACGGCUAUUGAGACUCUCUCCUCCCUUCUUCCACUUGAGGAUUCAGAUUUUACUCUAAACUUAAGGUCGCUGUUGCUUAAAUUGUUGUUUUUUUAGUUGUCACCCAUUCUGCGGGACAUUUUAUAAUUGCUUCUAUAACAGCUGUGAUAUCUGGAAUUACAACGGAUUUAGAGAUUAACACAGACACACAUAUUCUGCACAAAACACCCCGACUAUAACAUCUGAAUCGCUACCAUUUAAUUCUUGUAUUUUCUAAACUGCAUGUGAUAAAUAUGAUUUAUUGGCUUUUCCUCCUCAUAUAGUUACUCAAGGGUUUUUUUUCAGGAGCUGAAUGAAUAGCAGGUAGUGUCGGGACAAGUUAAUAUCAGCCGAGUUCUCCUAGAGUACAGUACAUUGAAAGUCUUGGGUGUUAAAGAGCUUACAGAGGCGCAGGGUUUCCCCUGCUUUUGAAUAGACAGGGUGGGAAGCCGGUAGUCACCGCCACACCUCAUCGAAGUUUAUGUGAACCAUCUUUUUGUGGAGAGUUUAGUGUCAUAUGGUCAAACAGAUGCUUAUCUACAGUGCUCAGCAUAAAUGAGUACACCCCUUCAGAGUUUUCAGAAAAACUUUAGUUUCCUUUCAAAAUCAACAUUUUCUAUGUCAGACUAUACAACAAAAUACUCCUCCAAAUUGUCCAUUGAUUGCGAACAAGAUUUUUUUAAGUUGCAUACAAAAAAUAUUUUUUUCCAUUUAAAAUCAGGAUGCAAAAAUUAGUACACCCAAAAGUUCUGGGAGGAAAGCUAAAUUGUAGCUACUAUAUCACCCUUAUUUUCAUUUUAUGGUAAAUAAAAUGUUGUGUUAAACUCAGCUUUGUCAAAACUUUGGAAAUUGUACUUUUGCUCAUCUAGAUAUUGAGUAAUGCAUUACUUUUAUAGGGUGUGUACUGACUUAUGCUGGGCACUGUACUUACAGAGAUAAAUACUGUUGGUAACCUAGAGUACAGACUGAUGCUGGUCACAUUCACAAAGCCAUACAAGUCGAGAUAAUUUUGCAUCCAAAGCUCAAAUAUCUGAUCCAAAGCAGCUGAAACUCGAACUCAGUCCUGCUGAUGCUUUAAGAUAUAGAUACUUAAUCAUAAAUAAUCUUUUUGCUAAGCUUCGCUGACGACCUGCUAGCUGUAGCUAAAUGUUUAAAUGUGUUUACAUACACAAGCAUAUUUCCCAAUUUGUCAAAGUGUCCUUGCAAUGACUGAGUGUCACAUGAACACCUGCAUGACUUUGUAACACAGUCUCACUUUGAACAAUGAUCCAGUCUCAUGGAUUCUCAUAUCACUGUCUAUGCAGAUGAUACAACUGUCUCAGCUUGUAUCUCACCGUGCCGCAGUGAUGAAGGAACUACAUCUACAACCACAAAUCAGUAUUCAGCUUGGAUCAAAUGAACUUGUGCCACUAAGUCUGAUAAAUCUGAGUGUCCUGAUGGAUGAGCAGCUGACCUUAAACAAUCUUUAUCUUCAGCAAAACGUUUUUAAAUGGUGUCAGCAUUAGCAGAAGGCAGCAAACAAGUGUAAUAAGUUUAGCAUGUGUGGUGAAUUUUCUCACACCCGUUCCCACCUCUAACUCUCUGUCAAAGAGAGGAAAAAGAAAUGAAUAGAAGCCUCAUGGGAGCCGGAGCUCAGCGGUAGCUGUGUGGCAUUAAAUUUUUACAGGCAGGAAGGGGAGAUGUGGUUUAUGGGCACCACAAAUCUGGGCUUUUACACUCAAUGAAAGCCCACAGUAAAUAUCAGCUUUAUUCCUCUUAAAGAGCCCCGCGGACUGUUAAGGCUGGUGGCUUUAAAAGGGCAAGAGGUGCAGGAAAAAUGAGCAGUGAGUGUGUGUGAGGGGAAUGUAGAAAAUAAGAAAAUAUGUGGCUUGAUUCUGUAGAGUUUAUGUUGGAACACCUCACUCAAUAAAAUGUGUUUAAGAAGAUCCUCACAGUAAGAGAAAACAGAUCAUGUGAGCAUAUCAGGGUGGUGUUAUCGCUGGUUUUCUGGCUGCUGGUGUCGGGGUCUGGCUUGUGAGUAGGUGAUGCUGUGAUUUGACCCAUAGCUGAAUGUCACGCAUCAUAAACCAGACCUGGAUGAAGGUAAAAUGGGGUCCCUUUGAGUGUGUGUGCAGACUUAAAAGCAGUUUGUAUGUCAGUGUUCAGAAACAUGAAGUACAGUACGCACUGUGAUACAUAAAACAAGCUUGAAGUCAUCUGAAUCUCAGCGGUCUGUGCUCCAAUACACACUAAUAAAUCCUUAACUGUUUUAAAGCCCCACCAUCACCGACCUUUAAAGCUGUUACAUGUGAGUUAUUCGUCCUGUAAACAUCACCUCUAGGUCGUAUCAGGUCAGUCAAGUGUUUUAGCCAGUGAGCUCAGGUCUUUCAAUUGCACUUUUCCUCUGUCCUUGGGGCUUUUCCUGUAUAUAUAUAUCAACACUUGACGCACUUUACAAUGUAGGGAAAACAAAUUUAAUAUAUGAAAGAGUAAAACUCUGCUGAAUGCUGCAACUUUGGUCAAAAACCAUCCUGUUUUCUCAUUUGUAAAGGCAUCUGUACAGUAAAUCUACAUAAUCCCUGUACUCUGUGUUUCUGAAGGCCACAGCAGAACAGAGACAGGACAAGAACAUGACUCUGUAUAUAUGUGUAUCAUGAUCUGCACACACAGAUAUAUAUGUGGAGCCAAACAUAUGUGCUGGAAUACAUCAGGACAAGCGUACUAACUGUAUUUCCACAUAAGCAGAUGCACAGAAAACUGCCUUUCCGAUUCGAGAGGAAGGAACCCUAAACUGGGGAAACACCUGACUGUACUUGAUGGUUACGGAUGACCGUUUAACCUCACCUCACAACGCCUCUCGCGACCAGUCUCACCUUUCUCUUCCUGUCUCUCGCUGCAUUAAACAGCCCAAUCAGAGGAUCUAUUCCUAUUCUGCAGCAGUCAAAAGAAACAAUUGUUGGUUUUGUCCAGGGAGGAGUUAAUCUGCGUCUAGUUUGAUGUCAUCUUGGAAGGAUGUGCAGAGCUGGAUUUAAUGCAAACAGUUUUAGGAUGAUAUACAACUGAUGAAUUCUUGUAACUUUCCAAAAAAUGGUUAACUUUUUAUCUGAUUUGACAGGAGUCUUAAAGCCGCUGUAAAUCCAAAUCUAAAACUCCCUCCUGGCUGUGUGGACUGAGGUGAUAUUUGCAUCUGAAAAGUAUCAGUAAGGAGUUUAAAUGAUAUUUUAUUAUAAUCUAAGCAUCUGUGAAGAUCUCUGAAUUGAUUUUAGUGGAUUUGAAUGAGGUCUUGUUUGUGGUUUCAUGACAAUUUUCUCUCUAAUUCAACAAAGAAAUCGUUACAACUUGCACAAAGCAGUUAUUAACAGUUUCACAGCUGUGGUUCUUUCUGCACAGAGACAUGUUGAUGUCAAUGAAAACAGAAUCUAUCACACUCCCAUAGAGUCUAAAAAUCCUCUCAACAGCAGACUAAGUUGUUGUUUUUUAAAACAUUGUUAAAUAUGUACACAUGUGAAUAUCCCUAUUGUUGAUUAACAAGUUUUCUCAAUUUUGAAACCAUGAGACAUUUUCAUUUUUGAGGGAAACCUCUAAGGUUAAAUAUUUGACAUUACAGUGUAUUAUACAGUCAGCCCAGAGCCGGCCCAAGCCUCAAUGGGGCCCUGAGCAAAAUCAUUCACACACCUUCACAAAUCUUCGCACAGCAGAAGGCAAAUAACGGUAGCGGAGUUUUGACAUAUCGUCAGUAAGAAUCAUAGGCCUAAAUCAGCAGCAGCACUAAAAUGUUUUUACUUUAUUUUAUUUUAUUUUUACAAUAAUAUAUAUUUGAUUAUACAGAAAGCAUUACUCAUACAUGCAAAAAAAAAAGAAAAAUAUUUUAGAUUAUUAUUAUUUUUUUGGAUUGCUCUUGGGGGCCCCCUAUUGGCCGCGGGGCCUUAAGUAGGCGCUUAGUUCGCUUAUGCCUUGGGCUGGCUCUGAGUCAGCCUUCGAUUUUUUUUCUAUUUGGUGCCAAGGUGAUCCCUGUAUUGGUUUACUGCUCAGUAAAGGGUGAAUAAAGCCAGAAUUACCUGAAUAAGGCAGUUCAUGUGUACCGUGUUCUCCCUCUUACUUUCUCACAGUCUUGAGUCCUCACUGUCUACUUCCUCUGUCUGUUUCUCCUCAUUAACUCUCUGCUGAGAUGAAUCCAGGCAGCAAAUGCAACUCGUUCUUCCUCUCUCUGUCUCUCUGUCUGUCUUUUAUUUGACCGGAGUCCAGCUAAAACACACACGUCCUGGCAGAGUGGUCAGUGUGUCGAGUGAUUUCAUUAUGAAAUCUAAAUGUAGACGGUAAUAGUGAAGUGAACUCCCAACUGUCUUCUUUAACGAGUGUCUAAGGAGUUUGGCCGUUGAGCAGAUCAGUUUUUGUGUGAGAAUAUGUUUGUGUGUGUUGCUGUGUUCUUGUGUGUCGGUCUCCUACUCGCGCUGACCAAUCCAAACUGUUGUUGGCAAUUAAUGUGAAAAAGUGACUGGGUGGUGGCUGUGACUGAAUGACUCACUUUCUAUCCCUCUGACACACUCACACACACACAUACAUACAGAUGGACUCUUUUUUUAAUACUCAGAAUUUGCAUUCAUUGAAAAUAACUCAAUAUGUGUAUUUUAUGCUAACUUUGCAGCGACUGUUAGUGUUCCACUCGGUCCCGCAGACAGGCUGAUGCUCUGUAUUUAUUGCCUCCGAAAGGUAAACAACCAGGUUCGAAUGGCUUGACGGGAUAAUUAGCUCCACCAAAUAAGCUGACGAUGCAGUGACUGCAGCAAAUGACAGUUUUGGAUUUGAGGCCCAGUCGCACACUGACUGAAAGCUGUAAAGUCAUUUUUUUUCUCUCAGUGUGUGAAGUUGUUGUAGUCUGAAAAUCCUGUGUGCGCUAAGUCUAACAGGCUAAACAUGGUAUCAGAAACCGGCACCGUGACCCUAAUGACAAGUGUGACAAAAAGUACAACCAAAAUAGCCAACCACGGGGAGCUCCUCAGCCAAAACAGCUGGUUAACAGUUUUAUAAUUAACUUUGCAAUGUGAGAAUAUGCAGACCGACAAACACCUACAAUUAAAUGUGCUUGUGGGUUUAAGUUUAAAGUUUUGCUUAAGGCUUCGGGGGCCACCAGGAAGUCAAGCUCGGCUCUUUUCAGAUUAAACACAGUUUACCCUCUCCUCUCUCACAGCGUUUCUUUGGGAGUAUUUUAAAGAAAAAAGAAUAACGUCCUACAAUAAAAUCACGAGGAGGGACAGAGAGAGUGAAUGAGACAGACAGAGAGAGAGAGAGCUCUUGAAAUGUCAGUGGAAAGUCAGUGUCACCGUCUUGACUUCAGCUUGGCGGCUGCCAGCAAUGACCUCUUCGACUGUGAAAACCGAAUCUCUACCUGGGACCGUCUGCAGACAUCCACCCCACUGCUGCAUAGUGGAACAGAGAUAAUUAAGCUGGAACUGCAGGGCAGGAGAGUCCGUAAACACACUUGUCACUGUGUCACCACUUGCGCUCGAGCCAAGCAAUAUUUGGAUGCUGAUGAAUUCAAUUAGGCAUGUGUUCAACUGCGUUAGACGGCAGAUGACUGCAGAGCACGUACAGCAAAGUGACCGCUGUAAUGAGCGUUUGGGUCUGUGCUCCGGUCUACACCCUCGCAUGUGUCUCCACCCAGUGCAUUACAUGAGCAGGAUUGUGUUUUUCUUCUGCUUUCAGAUUCUAAAUGUAAUACGUCACCUUCAGGAGGUUUAAUUGGAAUACUUAAAACAAUAAUCAUUUUCCCGGGGAAAGCUUUUGCUGAGUGUGUUUUACUACGGCUGUCCAAUCAGUCAAAUUAUGUUGAACGCUUUAAGGUUUUUGGCCUGUGCAUAUCUUAGCCUAACUGUGCAUGUAUCUUUCUGUUUCUGUGUUGCAGAUUACAACAGCAGUGACCAGAAGACAGCUUGCAGAAGACAUGAGCUCUAUGUGAGCUUCAAGGAGCUGGGGUGGCAGGUAGAGCACACAGCCUUUUUCUAACCCUAACCCUAACCAAGGAUAUCCCAAUACGAAUAGUUUCAUGUCUUUAUCAAUGUUUACAGCUCCUAAGUCUUAUGAUUUAAUAUCUUAAAGGGAUGUUCUGGCAAAAAAUUAGGUUAGGGUCAAACACACCGUAACAUCGAGUUAGACAACCCCUUUAGAGAUGAAUGUGCCGACCGCUUGCUUCUCUAGUUAUACCAACUUUAGUAACGACCUCAGGAUAGCAAUACGCAGAGCCACGCGCUCAACCAAAACGCCACUUUAUAGCCACAAAUAAUGCUCAGAACAGCACCUAACUUCAUCAACAGUACAUAUAGGGUCCCAGCCAUAGUACUAGCCACCAAACAUCUUGUUAAAUUUGCCUGAUUUCUUUAGCAAUGAGACUAAACACCACGCACUUACUCUCUUCCAGCGGCCGCUUGUUUGUAGUCUGUCGACUGCAGUGGGGUGACGCAGCUCAAGGAAGAACAUUUAUGAUCAUUACUUUAUCAUUUCCUUGAAGUAAUAAUCAUCAUAUUAAUCACUUUGCACUGCAGACGCGGUAGUUCUUCUGCCUUAGUGUCUCUGUCUGAUUGUAUUUCCAUGAGGAAAUGAUCAUAAAUGUUCUUCCUUGAGCUGCAUCACCCCACUGUAGUCCGUAAUGGACUGGCCUGAUGUCUUGCUACAAACAAUGGUCGUUACUAAAGUUGGUAUAAAUAGAGAAGCAAGCGCUCAGCAACAUUCAUCUCUCGACGGGGUGUCUAACUUGGUGUUAUGGUGUGUUUGACCCUAACUUAAUUUUCGCCGGAUUAGCCCUGUAAGUUUGCAAAAUAGAAAGAUAUUGAACUUUGACUCAGUUAAAUCCAUAGAUUUUUUUUAUAUGUUUGUUAAAUUUUCCAGAAAUAAAACAGGAACACAUUAGAAAAACAAACAUACUUUGGCUCACACACACAUUUUAAUUCAAAUUAAUAGAGGCGAGGAGAUUCAGGAGUCAUCCUGUACAAAUAAGAUAAGUAAGUAAAAUAAAAGUAAAAUAAAUCAAGUGUACAUUGCCAUGCAUGAUACAUUCAUAUGGUCAAAGAAAGGUACACAGAGACAAAAACAUCAAUUAAAUAGGACGUCACUUUUGAGGCAGUUAAUUCAUAGCUAUGAUACAAACCGUCUCGCAAAAAUGGUAGAAAUAUUUAAAUCAACAUAUAACAAAAAGGGUUCCCAUGUUUUAAGAAACACAUCAUCUUUGCUGUGUAGUUUUCACGUCAGAUAGUCCAAAGCAACAUAUUCAAGAGUCAAAUCUCAUAGAUUUUAAAUAUCUUCAGUAAAUUUACCCAAAACACUGCAGAGUUCUUGCAGGAUCCAUUCUCUUUCUAUAUGAAGUGCAAAAGUGUUGAACAUGUUCUUUCUGUCACCUCUUCACCCUUUUACUGAGCUGCACACUGAUAUGAAAUCUAUUUUGCCAACUUAUUAACUCUCAAAGUUAGUCCAGUAGAGCCAGACCGUCCUUUGUGUGUUUGUGAAAACAGCCCGAGGAAAAAAGUUGAAGGGCAGAGUCGCGUACAUCCUUUUCACACAAGCUGUUGGAGCUGUUAACACAGCACUGACAUCUAGAGGGAAACUGCCAGCUUUGUGAAGACAAACACACACCAGACAGGAAGAGGACUGGAUAGAGAAAGGGAGACAGAUGAGUGAGAGGAGAAAGACAGAGGCAGAGAUUAUUGACACAGACAGGAAAGUCCACUUGAUAAAAACAACCCAAAAAACCCAAAAACAAGUCAGAAAAAAGGAAAUCGUGGAUUUAAUUUGUCAGAUAAAAAACAGUGACAUGGAGAGAGGAAGGAAGGAAGGAGGAGAGGAGUAUUGCUUCCCUGAGCGAUUUCACAGACAGGAGGGAUUUGUCCUCAGAGACAGAGUUACCAAUAACAGACAGGUGUGCUCAUCUGAAGUGACUCUUACACUGACUCGUCUUACCUGAUGGAUGAGUUGCUCUUUUGUAAAGAUGUUUCAUUCACUUUAUUUCGUUCCCUUAAGGACUGGAUCAUUGCUCCUGAAGGCUACGCAGCCAACUACUGUGAUGGCGAGUGCUCCUUCCCUCUGAAUGCCCACAUGAACGCCACCAACCACGCCAUCGUUCAGACACUGGUAAGACCUCUCUAUAAGAAUCGACUGCGAUCAUUACUCGUGCAAAAUCACAUGGAUGCUCAGAGGUUUUCCUUUGAUUUUUUAGGUGCACCUGAUGAACCCCGAGAACGUACCGAAGCCCUGCUGCGCUCCCACCAAACUCCACGCGAUCUCAGUGCUCUACUUCGAUGACAACUCCAACGUUAUACUCAAGAAAUACAAGAACAUGGUGGUACGGGCGUGCGGCUGCCACUGA